UAUUUAUUCACAUUACUGCAAGAUCAAUUGUCGAACGUACUCGCGAUCGUAAAUCCAGAGAGCGCGAGUUACUAACUGCAUUAUUCUGAACGUAUCAUAUCCAGUUUCCCUAGAGUGUGUAUGCAUUAUAGUAUGUUAAUAUAUUUUCUAUUAAUACAGUUAUCUUUUAGGUCAGCUCCACUUUUCUCAACGAUGGCAUUGCAUAUCAAUACAAGUAACGAGUUACUUGCCAACCCUGAUAAAAUCAGUGUAUAAUGGAGGUGAUGUGCAUAAAGCAAGUAAAAUUAACAAUUAUUGUUUAUUUCGCGACACAUUAGGAAUUGUCAAAUUACUUUAUUAAACAUGUCCUUCCUACUUUCAAACACCGAUUCGAGCGAGUUCGGUCAAAAAUUGCAAUCGACCUUGGUCACCUUGGCCAGGCGUGAAACGCGGAAAACGAAAGGGAAGACGAUGUUUUUUACCGAUAUACCGAAUUAAACACAUUCGGCGAUCGGUGAGAUUUGUGGGGAAAGGGAAGAAUUUCCUGGAAGCGUGUCUUCACGGUGGCUGGACACGCACUUCGCAAUUCUCUUCGCGUCCCUCCCGCCAUCACCAACGCCAUGGCACCGUCAUCUUCUCCCCUCAAGUUUGUGCAGACCACCACGCUUUUGCGAACAGCUUCUUCAGUGCAUUUAGUACGUAACGAGAUUACGAAAAGCUACACUCGUGGCCACGGAGACGUUGGAAAAGAUAAAACGCGUGUGCGUGUGUGUUUUUUUGCAUAAAAAAUAAAUUAUUCUUUUUAUGCAUCAAGUGCAAAUAAUUUUCAAGAAGCAAAUUUGGUUCUUCUUCGUGGAUUUUGUUCACGCCGAGAAAGAACUCUUCAGAAGCAAGACACUGAUUUGGCGAACAUUGCCAAUAUAGAAGGUAGAUAAGAGUUUAUGAGCAAAAGAUUAAUAUUAAUUAGAAUUUCUUUACAUAAAUUGUAAUGGUUCGAUACCCAGAUUGGCAAUCGCAAUUUUAUUAACCGCUUUAAAAAUUCUUUUUGCACAAGUUUAUAAUAUUGAAAUAUCCUUUAAUUUGUUUAUUAUAUUUGAUAAUAUAAUAAUAUAGCAACGCGAAAGAAGCUUCUGCGAAAAUAACCAGUUCUCGAGACAUGAAUAUAUAUAAAAAAAGAUAUUUUAGAAACAAGUUGCCAAAAAUCCAUUGUGCGAUAUUAAUUAAUAUUCUUGUACUAUGAAAAAGAAUGUCCCCUGGAACAAAGAAUAGGAUCUUCUUCACGCAUAGUUGCAUAAUGACAUAAAAUUAGCAUUUGCGAUAAAAAUGAGAUGCACGCUUGAGGUCACUGACGGCGAAAUAUCAAGGAAAAAAUGCGGAACUGGUGCUCGCGAUCGUAAACUACGGUCCAAAUGCGCGAUGGUCAGGUUGUCGGAGGGCGGUGGGCUUUUGAUAGUCGGUUGGCUCCUGGUACUCCGUUCCAUCGGUGCCGGUGCCCAGUUAGAUCCGGAUUACGGAUGUCCGCUUCAAGAGAGGAUACUGCCGUGCAGAUGCUCCACGCGCAAUAUGGAGGUUCAGAUAUGGUGUAGCCACAGCGAAUUACCAAAGGUACUGGAAGGUCUGCAGGCAGUGAGCCACUAUAUGGACCGGCCGGUAGACGAAUUGAUUUUGGAGAACAACAACCUGCCCAGUCUACCCGGCAAGGUGUUCGCAGCUUUACGAGUUCUGCGCUUGAUGCUGCGAAACAAUCGUCUCGAGAGGGUGUCCUCCGGCUGGCUGGAAGGUCUACACGACUCCUUGUUGGAAUUGUUCAUCGUCGAGCCCGAUCUGCGGUCCCUACCCGUGGACAGUUUGGAGAACCUGCAAGGUGUCGAGGCGGUGACGAUACAGAGUCGCGUGAUGAAGCGACUACCGAGAUUCUCUAGCCUACCGAAGCUGAGGUAUCUCCAGAUCAACUCUCCGGCUCUGCUGGAACUCGUCCCGAGGAACUUUCGAGACAUUCCCAAUCUGGAGCAGCUGCACGUGUUAGGCAGCCCGAGACUGACCAGACUGGAAGCCGGGCUUCUUCGAGGUCUGCCCCGAUUGGAGCUGAUCAACAUCACUGAUUCCGGAAUCCACUGGAUUCAUCCGCGGGCCAUGAUCAAUCUGCCGGAGCUCAAGGAGAUCUCGUUGGUCGGAAACGCCAUAAUCGACGCCGGUAUGGUCGGUCGCGCGUGUGUGGAUCUCCCAUCGCUGUCGGUGAUACGUCUGGAUCGAAAUCGCAUCAAUCGUCUGGGCGAAGGCUCCUUCGUUGAUCUCGUCGUAUUAUCGCGACUCUAUUUGUCGCGCAAUCACAUCACCGAGAUAUUCGCCGGCGCCUUUCAGCGGGUACCAGCCCUCAAGUCCAUAGACCUGAAUCACAAUCUGAUUCAUCGCAUCCAUCCGGAAUUCUUUCCGCAACGGAUAGGAAACGGGUUGGAAGAGAUGUGGCUGAUCAACAAUGACCUUAGUCACGUGGCAGAGAUACGAUCGGUGCUUGAGGCUCUGCCAAGGCUGAAGUUCCUAGACGCCAGUCACAAUCAAUUAGAGGAAAUACCCUUCGGUGCUCUAAGAGGUCAUCCCACUUUGGAGAGGCUCCAUCUGAAUCAUAACAGGCUGGCAUUUUUGCAAAGAGAAACGUUCACGGUGAUGCCAGCGCUCCGAGAGCUCAGGCUGAAGAACAAUUCUCUGUCAAACUUACUGGAGGCACCCUUUUGGAAUUUACCAGCGUUAAAGGGUCUGGAUCUUUCGGAGAACUAUUUCCGUCACAUAGAACCACGUUUGUUCACUAAUCUGCCGAACCUUAGACGGCUGGAUCUUAGCGGUAACGCCAUAGGGCUUAUCGAACCCGAGUCUUUUCUGGGCACACCGGCGCUGGAGCACGUCAAUGUUUCCGGGAACGCCUUGUCAGUCCUUCAUCCCUUGACCUUCCGACACCUGACGAACCUGUACGAACUGGAUGUCGGUUUGAAUCGUAUGCUGGAAGUGGUCCCUGGUCUGCCGAAGGAUGUCGAACACCUUCACAUGCCGAAAAACCGUAUUGUCGUCCUGCCAACGGUGUCCUCUCGGGAUCUAGCUCUACCUGCACUACGAUCGUUGGAUUUAAGCUCGAACGGGAUCGACAGAAUGACGCCUGGCACGUUGGCUGACUUGCCGAAUUUGAGAAAAUUGAAUCUAGGCUACAACACUCUGAGACUCAUAGAGGACGGCGUUUUCGACGGACUUACGUCAUUGGAACAGCUAGAUUUGAGAUGCAACCGGCUGGUCACGUUACACGGACGGAGCUUCCGACCUCUAAAAUCGUUGAUGGACGUGAAUCUUCGUGGCAAUCGGGUGGAGGUUCUGCGACCUGACAUUUUUCAAGACAACACGAGACUGCAAAGAGUUGACUUGAGUAGAAAUAAUCUCGCACAAAUUCCCCACGCAACCUUCGCCAAUACCAGAGACCUUCGUGAACUGUACGCGUCGCACAAUACUUUGACCGAGUUACCCGGAUCGUUGCACGGCUUAACGGCUCUACAAGUCCUCGACUUGAGCUUCAACAAGCUGAACAUCCUAUCGCCGGAAACGCUGAGCAGCCUGUCGUCCUUGUUGGAGUUGAAACUGGUUAGAAACCAUAUACGGGAGCUGCGGGAGGGUGCGUUCGACGGAUUACCACAAUUGUCCUUGAUCGAUCUCGAAAACAAUGAUCUCAGAGUGAUCGAGAGAAACGCUAUUAGAGCGUUACCGGAGUUACAAGCGAUCCGACUCGGCAGGAAUCGAUUGCAGUCCAUCCCCAGCGGCGCUUUCACCGAAUUACCGCUGCUGCAGAGCGCGGAACUUCAGGAGAAUUGGAUUCAGGAAAUCGCUAGUAAUGCCUUCAUUAACGUGCCACACUUACUUUUCCUUAAUCUAAGUCACAAUCACCUGCCGGACUUGGAGUAUGUCGGUUUAGAGAGUCUUCGCUCAUUAGAGGUUCUGGAUCUCAGUUACAAUCGAUUAUCCAGAGUUUCCAGCGACAGUUUGGCAGUUAUGGAGUGGCUGGUGGAAUUAAAGAUGGACAACAAUCGGAUUUGCGCCGUGCACGGUUCGCCUUUCGACAAUAUGCCCAGGUUACGGGUAUUGAGUCUGCGAAGCAAUCGGAUGACCGCGGUCUCCGAGAACGCCUUCAAAAGGCUGCGAUCGAACAUCGCUGUCUUGGACAUCGACGGAAAUCCAUUAUCCUGUUCUUGUGGCAUGCUUUGGCUGCGAGGAUGGCUACAGCAGGCUUCCUCAGAGGGUCCUAGAUGCGCCGAUGGUUCCCUCUUCAAGGAACUCAGAUUAUCGCGACAGGACUGCCAGCGUGAGAGAUACGUGGAAAUCGUUCACCCAGGAUGCGAGUCUGAAAUGAUUAACGUUGCGACGCCUUCGGUCUCCUCAUCCGCAUUUGGGAUUACAGAGACAGUACCAUUGUGGAUGAACCUAAAAGACUUCUCGACGCAGAAGCCUUCCGUUUCGCAGGACUCCGACUACUUGUACCAGUAUGUAGAUUAUCAAGACAACGGAAGCGACACGAGCACGUUGCUGCCCAGCGUGUCUACCAUCAGCGCACCGACCCAGACCGUGAAGAUCAUUCAUCCGCCGCCGCAAAAGCAUCAAGCACAGAAAAACGUCACAUUUCCAAUAAAGAAAAAUCCUACGAUGCCACCGUCGCCGAGCAGCUCCGGUUUCACGUUCUUCGGCCUACCCUUGCCGAAUUUGAAUUUCAAUCUAUGGGGAAACUCAGGCAGAAAGGCGGAGAGGAAGGAGUCAUCAUCGGACAGACCCGGCCGAGGACGGUACAGGUCUUUUCCGCCCACGGAACCGGAAAUCCACAGGGGUGGCUUCGUGCCUCUGCCGCGCGGCCAAAGUGGAUUCGUGCCGAUCGCCGAUCCCAGAUUGACGUAUGAGAAACACACGAAAAACGAGAACAUUUCGAGAUCGUUGAAUGUGAGCAGUACACCGGCACCGGAGGAACGUCCUCGGAAGAGCGGAAAUAGUACCGUGACCAAGGUGGAGAAAAUUAUCUCCAGGACCGGGAAACCGCGAACGAGCUUCCGAGAAAGGGGAGAAUCAUCCACUGCGUCGACAUUCGUUCGAUCGACUGGUUUUGAAUCUCGCAAGAUUUUGCCCAACGCCAGUAGAACCAGCCUUAACGCAUCGAACACAGUGAAAAAUAGCGCGUCAAUAAUCGUGGAGGAGGAUUCAUCGCAAGAAGCUCACGAAACGUCGGUGUCCACCGAGAUUUACGACGGGGAGAGUUUAGAAGUAAAUACGGAGGACACUGAAUUCAUAGAGAAGCCGCAGAUGGAAGUAGCCAACGGGAUAGUUUGGACCACACCAAGGGCGGUAACGGCGGAAACGAGGAAAGCCACGAUUACAAAGGAAAUUGUGACUGCAGCGGUGGACGUAAUACCGCCGAAAGAAAGUGGGUCUAAGGACUGGGACUUGGAAACACCUGAAUAUGAAAAGGAUCCAAUCCUUUCAAGCAGUACAGUUGACUCUCGCGACAAACCUGACAAUUCGGAUAUCGUGACAAAAAUGGACGCGGAACCGAUCCCGCGCUUUUCAACACCCGCAACGUCUUCCACAUCGAAUCCGCGGCCCAGAGAAACCACGACUAUGACUGCUCGAGGGACGGAGGCGUCCGCUUUGUCCGCGCUUCUGGUCCCGGGGGGACAAGUACCGUCUACAGGGUCCGUGGUAAAUUUACGUCCUCUUGGCAGAUCGACGAUAACUAAAGUCGCCUCGCCGUACGUCGGCUACAAUGCGGAGCAAUCCAGGGAGAAGCAGAAGUCGAUUGCCGGCGCUGUUCAAAAAAGCGAGCUAGUUUACGAGACGACGACCGAAAAUCAGAACGGGGAGUUCGUCGUCGACGACGAAGCCAAGGUGGUGGACAACAGUCCAUUCAAUUGGUACUUCCAGCAUUAUAACGAUACGAAUUUGGAGCCUUACGUGGGCAUAGCUUACAGCGGUGCCGCAAAAAUCGACGCCUACCGAUGGUUUCUCUUGCUCGUCUUCAGUAUUCUGAUAUAAAAAGAAUUUUGAGUUUGCAGCCAACUUUUCUAAAUAGAUUGAUCGCUGAAUCACGUGAGAUAAAAUACACUGUAAUAUUUGUUAAUAAAUAUCAUGGUGGAUGCUUCAAGCCACAAAUACAUGUACAAUCGAUCAGGCAAUGUAUAUGAUUAAAAAUUUACAUAUCUAUAUGCAUAUAUCCCGAAACACGUACAAAACUUGUACAUGUACGAAGAUCACGCGUACAAAUACGUAUACCUGCAUUUUUGUAUAUU